UUGAGUUCGGUCUUCAGAUUGGUUGGACGCCGCUGAAUACGACUUUCUCUUUGGCACUUACAAAUAUUCAGCUGGCUUUUGUUACUUUUCAAUCUUAAAUAUUCUGUAGCUGAUUAUUGGUUGUAUAUUAUUUGUCCAGAGAGAAAAAAUUACAUAGAGUGAUUUGUGUGUAGCAUAUUAUUUUUCUGUAUCUUAUAUCCUGUAUAACCUAUAAUCGAAGGACAGGAGUGAUUGACAUUAUUGGAGUUGGAUUUUGACGUUUCAUCAGUGUCAGAAAUGGAAAAAGAUCACGGUCUUCCUGGGGGAAGCAAUGCUCCCAGUGCUCCAACGCCAUCAGCUCCACCAUCCUAUGAAGAAGCCAUGGCACAGUCCAGUGUCCCAGUAGCACCUGUGCAUGGUGCACCUUAUCCUGUAGGAUCCAUAAACAUGCCAAUGCCUCAGAAUCAAAGACAAUCCCAGCUUCAUCCUCAUCCACAACAAGGAGCAACAUUGAUGCCAGCACCACCAAAAUUCACACCACAACUCUGCAGAUUCCCACAGACAGUUACUGGACAACAAAAUUUUCCACAGCCUCCAACAGAAGCUCGCAGAGCUCAUACGAUGACGUAUGUGAUGGGUCCACAUCCUAUGAAAAUGACGUGCCCAACUUGUUUUGCUGAUAUCAAAACAACAACAGUUUCUGAUCAUCAGCCCAGUGCACAUAUAUGCUGCAUCGUUCUCUGUCUCAUUGGAUGCUGCCUGUGUUCCUGCUUGCCCUACUGUAUGAGCGCAUUCAUGAGCGUUCAUCACUUCUGUCCUAAUUGCAAAACCUACAUUGCCACAUGGAAGGGUUGAUUCGGCGUCCUCUCAUUAUAAAAAGAGCCAUUAUUGGCAUAUUGAUUAAGUUCCAGUGAGUCGAGGGUGCGGAGUUCCUCGACGAUAGUUUUGCUUUUAUACACGAGAUAAAAUAGCAAGGAAGAAACAAAAAAGUUAAUUUCAUACAAACUCGCUGGCUGUGCGUAACAAUGGCGUCUCUCGUAUUUUUCCUUCAUAGGGACGUUUAGUUUAGAUUUAUGUAUCAGCGCGUGACAGUGAUGAAAAACACUGUAAAAACAAGGAAAAGCAAAGCCAAGGAUACUUAGCAGCAUAAAAUUGUACGAAAACAAGCAUAAUGGCUAUUGUGACAUUCCAUUGCUGUACAGCAGUAUCUCAUCAACGUAUCUCAUAAUUCCGCAAGAUUUUCGAUGCAAAACCUUUUUUUUUCAUUAGAACUGAUAAAAACAUGAAAAGGUAAUAUGAAAGAUAUCGAAGGAGCGAUAACGGUUUAAGAAUUUAAUCACUUCCGCGAGAAGAUAUUUCGACUUAACCCACGACUGACUUAACAUUCGUGCAGUUUUUUUCUUUUAUAUUACUUUUUAUUUUCAAUACGCUCAUGACGUCAGGACAGAAAGACAAGAUAAUCAUAUAUCUUACCCGUCCCUGGCCUUUCUUGAUACGCUCAUCUGGCAUUUUAUUAUACAUAUAUACACCGUGGGACAUACCUACGACCCAUCGUUCAGCUAGCGAUUUCUCGUUAUUGUAAAUAAUGAGAAACAAAUUAUCCUAGAUAUUUAUCAUACUAGUAAACACGAUAACGAUAAUGGUAAUAAUAAUAUCGUCAUCCUAAUUAAUAUUACUAUACUGUAUUGUGUAUUUGCGAACGGAUGACUAGAUUAUUAACCCAGGAAUGGUCGUGUGAUUUUGUUCUCCGUUUGAAAAGCAUUGACUUGGGGUGCCUUGGACACCGCACGCGUCCAAUCACGGGUUAGUAUGGGAUUCUCGAAUGAGUGUGAGAUGAUGUGCUGAUAAUUUUUAGAUAUCAGGCUAUUCUUAGCUACACACACAUAUAUAUAUAUAUACAUGUAUGUAUGUACUCAUUGAGUAACAGGACCAGAGAAUGAGAUAGAGAGAGAGUCUGUGCUGUGUAUGAGAGAGAUAGUAAUUGGUGCUAAUUGAUUAAUUGUUCUCGAUUAUCGCCGAUGAUAAAUUAAUAAUUGAUCAUUUUGAUCAUUUGUAUUAGUAUAUAUGCAAUUAAAGGAUUUUAUAUACAUAUAUAUAUGCGAGUAUUAGCGCGAUGUACUACAUCAGACUGCAAUAAAUAUGUAAUUAUUCGGUUCCCGUAUUACGGUUAU